GAGCGGACCGCCGUCUGCAAUCUAUAUAAGCCCUGAGACGUCUUCAUUUCUUCCUCCCCCUCGCUUCCUUCUUUCUCCUCUUUUCAAAGCAAAAUCCAAGUAUUUGGCUUUCUUCUUCUUCUGCAUUGCUUUCUAUAGAGUCGAUAUUCCUAUUCCAGCUCAAGAAAGAUGGGAAUCAAGUUAAAAAACCAAUAUCUCCAAGCCAAGAAGCCUAAAUAUGACUGCGUGCUUUUUGAUCUAGAUGAUACCCUUUAUCCUUUGGCAUCGGGGCUUGCAGCUCAUUGUAGGAAAAACAUUGAAGAUUACAUGGUUGAAAAGCUUGACGUCGAGGAGAGCAAGGUCUCUGAGAUGGCUGUUCUUCUUUACAAGAAUUAUGGCACCACCAUGGCUGGUCUCAGGGCAAUUGGCUAUAAAUUCAAUUAUGAUGACUACCACAGCUUUGUUCAUGGAAGAUUACCUUAUGAUAAGCUUAAGCCGGAUCCUAUUCUUAGGCAUCUCUUAUUGAGCAUUCCAGUUCGCAAAGUUAUUUUCACAAAUGCUGACAAAGUCCAUGCUGCUAAAGUUCUAAGCCGACUGGGUCUUGAAGACUGCUUUGAUGGAAUAAUAUGUUUUGAAACACUUAACCAAACAGACGAGAACAAAUUCUCUGAUGAACUAGCUGCCACCAUUAAAACCAGUAUCUUGGACAAUUUAUUGAGACCUCCUCCAAACUUUGAACUACCCAAAACCCCAAUCCUCUGCAAACCAUCUGAAUCUGCCAUGAUUCAUGCUCUUAAGAUUGCAAAAGUCGAUCCCCAGAGAACUAUUUUCUUUGAUGACAGUGUUAGAAACAUUCAAGCAGGCAAGAAAAUUGGUCUUGACACCGUCCUGGUGGGUACCUCUCUAAGAGUGAAUGUAGCGGAUCAUGCAUUGGAGAGCCUCCACAAUAUGAGGGAAGCUUUGCCGGAACUGUGGGAAGAAGGCGAUGAAGCUCGAGGUGCUCGGCAUAAUGGCAAGAUUGCGAUCGAGAUGCCUGUGUCUGCUUAAAUUUCAAUGUGUCACAUUACUGACAACUAAGAGGAAGAAAAAUAUGACGACCGGAUGACAUAGGAAGGAAAUUGAUGUGUUUACAAUUUUUCAUUUUGUAUGUUGGCAAUCUGAUGGUUGCUCAUGUACUUUAUGUAACAAGUAUUCCAGAAAUAAAAUUCUCAGUUUUUCCCCA